AGAGUUAUCUCCCUUAACAUGCUAACAUGGCGGAACAGAAGGUGAAAGCAGAAACGACGAAUUCCUCGUCGAAGGUUAACAGUUCCUCAAGCUAUGGCUGGAGACAGGCACCGACCACUAUGUUAUUUAGAAUCACCAAUUUUGAAUUGUUUGUUAAACCUAACAAACCUGUGAUGUUUGCUGGAAUCUCCAUGUUUGUUGGUUGUGUGGCUUAUAUAAUCUUCAUGAACCUUAAUGAUGACAAAAAAAGCAGGACCUACGUCUCUGUUGCAGAAGAUGGAUCGUUAAUAAAAAGACAGCGGACUUCUCGCUGGGAUUGAUCCCUAAACAUCA